AUGGAUAUCUCAUUACUCGUUCGAGCUGUCAUCACCGCUUUUGACGACGCCACGAAACUGGUACAGCGCAUUCGUGACCAAAGAACGAAGAACAAUGGCACGCGAUUACCGGAAGAAGCAACUCGAGACCUCUUGGAAUCUCUUGCCCUGGGGCCUGUUAUCGUCCGUGGCCACUAUGAACAUGAUCUUAAACGAUUCGGGGAGCCUUAUGCCUGCGGUGAUAUACAAGCACGAGAACAGCUGAAAGAUGUCUUGAUCAAUUUACAAAUGUCCCUGAUCAUCACCUUGAGGGCGGUGUACAUGGACGGGAUCGAACUUGACUUUGUUGCCCUCCAAACUGCGUCAGACGACUGCCGAGUCAAUGCUGGUGUUUGUCUGGGUCAACUGUCUCAGCGACUUUCGGAUGCUAUGAAAGCGCAGGCAUUCUACCCUCAAACGCUGUCUUACUCGUCAUCCUCUGGCUUAAUGCCUCCUCUAUCUCCAUCGCUGGGCUAUUCAAGCAGCCGCAGCACCCACUCGUCUACCGCCUUUCCAGCUCCAGGGACUCCUGACGCUUUGGCGGAGCAGCUUGGUCAGCUUCGCGUGUCGUCCUUGUCACAUCAUCCAUCAGGAGAACAUACAAUGUCGAUUAGUUCUGGUGGCUCUCAAGAGAACUAUCCAUAUUCUAAGUCCAAGACAGUUUAUCGGCCAGCCGUCGCCAGAUUUCAUGUAAACGUACCGUCUAUGGGAGUUCACAGGAUUGACGAAGCCGAUGACAGGAGUCUGCGACGGAGGUCAUCCCAGGCUCUGCCGUCGGAUGACAACAUCCUCUUGAUGUUCCCUCAACCCGGUGGCCAGCCUGUAUUGAACCCUCCAACAAGUGCCCAAGAAAUCGAUCGAGACUCAUAUAUCUCGACUGGGAGAAACAACCACACGCCCUCGUUACCUGAUUUCUCUCAACCACCUAGCGAUCGUCAAAGUCAGGGUUCUAGAGUUCGCUUUGGCCCAGAUGACUACGGUGACUAUGCUGCCCGAGGGGAUGGUAGGCAGUUCAGCAAUAGUACCAUUUACGAUAUGUACCACCCAACGACUCCAGAAAAACAGGUUUCUACCUCUCAUUCCUUGAGAGCACGAUCUUCCACCCACAGCAGUCUUGGCCAUGUGCAAUACCUGCAAGAAAAUAGCCGGCCGCCAGCUCGAGAACCGAGAUCGCUUGGUGUUGGAAAGAAAGUAAACCGAAAAAUCCUCUCACAACGACCAUUUCGUUCUCAAACAGGCAUUUCAACGGUAUCGCGAGAAUUGCGGUCCCGCUCGUCUGUCUCUGCACCCAUUUCAAUUGAGCCAGCUCGAACACCACCACCCACCGGACCUCUCCCGCAGCCCCCGAUCUCAUCCCAUUCUCAAACCGUGGCUCCGAUAUCUCCUUUGCCCGUUCCUGGUCGUGCCCCUUUGGUUCAUACCGUGCCCUCGUCCACUGUUCCCUUGCUCGCUCCCCUGAUAAAUUCCAUGCCCAUCAUCCUUCCGUCUGACAAAAACCUCCUCGGUUUUUGCAAGGGAGCAUUUCGACUUCAAGCCGGCAUGGAGCGCAAGGCGUUCACCAUUGCCAACCGUCCUCACGGCUUGUCUGGAAUGACCGCAUACUGGCGCUGCGAGAAGUGCAGUUUCGAGGGACCUGUUUAUCACACUGUCAACACCUCCAAUGACAAAAAGAAGAAGGGAAAGCCUGAGAGAGUCUUUGAUCCUAGAAUUCGUGUUUCGGAUGGUGGCGGUAUAAGGUAUCGUUGGACGUUCCUGGCCAGAUGCCAUGUGUCUUUGAAGGGAAUGCUACUUGUCGAUACGCCGUCUGGUAGGGACGGAAGUUUCGGGAGUUUUGGGUGCAUCUUUUGUUGCGCCGAGGGCAUGUCUCGAGGAUGGCUGGACUUAUCGGGCAAAGGGAACAAUCCUGCGGCAAAGACCAGGGACGUGGCACAGGCAACGACACCUAUCUUUGGCAACGUGCAAAGCUUUAUGCAACACCUCGAGGGCGUUCAUCGGCACCAGGAUGGCUGGCCGAACGCCGAGAUGGUUGGUCGCUUCCACGUUGUGGUGGGCAGAACGGCACUGGCUGAAGAGACUGACUGGGAGUUGAAUUUUGUUCCACCGUGA